UUGGGAAAACCAGCAGGAAUAGCAGGAGUAUCACUACUGGCUUUGGGAAAACCAGCAGGAAUAGCAGGAGUAUCACUACUGGCUUUGGGAAAACCAGCAGGAAUAGCAGGAGUAUCACUACUGGCUUUGGGAAAACCAGCAGGAAUAGUAGGAAUAUCACUACUGGCUUUGGGAAAACCAGCAGGAAUAGCAGGAGUAUCACUACUGGCUUUGGGAAAACCAGCAGGAAUAGCAGGAGUAUCACUACUGGCUUUGGGAAAACCAGCAGGAAUAGUAGGAGUAUCACUACUGGCUUUGGGAAAACCAGCAGGAAUAGUAGGAGUAUCACUACUGGCUUUGGGAAAACCAGCAGGAAUAGCAGGAGUAGCAGCAGUAACAGCAGUAGCAUUUGCAGAGAUUUUUCAAAAACGUACACCGAAAUCUACAAGGAGCUGGGUGGAAAAGAGAAAGCCUCUGAAAAGACUCAAUGCGUUGACAGAAAAUCGACUUUGUGGGGAUUCAUUUCGUUUCGGAGUCGGGUGGAUAGAAGAUCCUACAGCCACUUUGUUCAUUUGAAGACAGAGAGCGUCCACCAGGAGAAAGAUAUGGCAUCUCCGUCUGGUACAGUGGAGAGGAAGAGGAGAGCUAGCAUUUCAGUACCUCCCCACAUGUCUGAAGAACCAAAUAACUAACUGAUCUGAGGAUUGUUCUGCUUGGUCCAGUUGGAGCAGGGAAGAGUGCCACAGGAAAUACCAUCCUUGGGAGAGAGGCCUUUAAAGUGGACUCAGUCACCAAGGCAUGCGAGAAACAGAGUAGGGAGGCAAAUGGGAGGAAGAUUGAAGUGUUGGACACCCCAGGACUCGGCGAGGACAGGAGAAGCGAGAUAGCCAGAUGCAUCAUGGACAAGACAGUCCCGGGUCCCCGUGUGUUCCUGCUGGUGAUUCGGCUGGGGGUAAGGUUGACAGAGGACGAGAGGAACACUGAAGUGGAUCCAGCAGACCGUCGGACAAGAUGCCUCAGACUACACCAUGAUAUUAGUCACCUGUGCAGAUUCACCCCGUCUCAGAGGAAACACAGUGAAUGACUACGUGAAACAGAACCAAAACCUACAGACACUCAUCGACAGCUGUGGAGGCAGAUAUCACUCAUUUAAUAAUGACGAUAGGGAGGCCCACAAUCAGGUCACAGAGCUGCUGGAGAAGAUAGAAGAGAUGGUGGAGGUGAAUAAAGUGGGGCACUACACCAAUGAGAUGGAGCAGAACGCUCAGAGUGACAUCACAGCCCAGAUGGAGCAGAAUGCUCAGAGUGACAUCACAGCCCAGAUGGAGCAGAAUGCUCAGAGUGACAUCACAGCCCAGAUGGAGCAGAAUGCUCAGAGUGACAUCACAGCCCAGAUGGAGCAGAAUGCUCAGAGUGACAUCACAGCCCAGAUGGAGCAGAAUGCUCAGAGUGACAUCACAGCCCAGAUGGAGCAGAACGCUCAGAGAGACAUCACAGCCCAGAUGGAGCAGAAUGCUCAGAGAGACAUCACAGCCCAGAAGAUAAAGAGCAGGUCUACAACUUGGGGCGCUACAGCAGCAGCUCUUCUGGCGGCAGCCAUUACAUUGUUAAUACUCUCAGGAGUAGUGAGAGUAGCGGGACCAACAGACCUAGUGGAACCAACAGUAGCAACCGGACCAGCAUUGGGAAUAGCAAAGCUAGCGAGAUCAAGAGGAAGAGCCGGACCAGCAUUGGUAGUACCAACAGAAGUAACGCGAGCAGCAGUCGGACCAGCAUUGGAAGAAAUAAAAGGAGUAUUGGGAGUACUAGUAGGAGUAGCAGGCGUAGCAUUGGUAGCACUUGCAGGGGUAGAUGGACUAGCAUUGGUAGUAGCAGCAGGUAUGGCAGGUGUAGCAGGGUCAGCAGUAGGAGUUGCAGGACUAGCAUUGGGAGUACCAGCAGGAGUAGCAAUAAUAGCAGGAACAGGAGUAGCGGGACUGGCAGGAGUAGAAUUAGCAAAGAACUUCCAAUGGUAUCACAAUAGACAGCAUACUGGACAGGAGAGGGGUGGAAAACAGAAAGCCUCCUAAGAUAAGUACAGAUCUGGUUACCACAAAGAAAUUCCUAGAUGGGAUAGUUCUGAAGUGUAAAAUAGAUUAAAGUCUGGGCGGGAUGGCUGAGAGGUAACACAGUGGGUAUGUCUGCAUGAACAGAAAGAGAGGGUGGACCUUUGACCUUUUAUUGAAUAGAUGUGUAUCUUUGGCCUUCGUAGUGUUCAGACGGUGUAACUGUUAACAAAAUGAUGGCAAUGUCAAGGAACAAACAAAAACACAAUGUUGAUGCAAAACAGAAGCACCUGGUAAAUAAAAGGGCAAACAUAGCCAAAUGAAGGACUCCGCAUGCUAGUGUUACAAAAUGAGCCAAUAAGAGAAGUGCACAACAACCAAACAGGAAGAAAAUAUCAAUCUACAUACCUUGGCCAACCGCUCACAGGCCAACCGCUCACCACAGGCAGACCGCUCACCACAGGCAGACCGCUCACCACAGGCAGACCGCUCACCACAGGCAGACCGCUCACCACAGGCAGACCGCUCACCACAGGCAGACCGCUCACCACAGGCAGACCGCUCACCACAGGCAAAUGCACCUCUGAGUGGUCUGUGCUGUUUGGUUGAGAGAUAACUAAUGACUGCAUGUAAUUUAAAGGGAUAGCCCCACCUCUUUCAGGUGGUGGCGAUCUAGUUGAUUAGUUGUGUGUGUCGACCAAUGAGAAGCAGGCUCCCCUCCUACUCGGGAGGGGUUUCGUACAAGUACUUGUUUCUCUUGGAAGAAACAUUUAAAUGCUUUUUUUUUUAAUUGUGUUGAAACCAUGAUCUUAUAUCCCGUUGAGUAUUGUUGGUCUAUUGCCCUUUCAUUUAUUUAUUUUUUAUCUUCACCAUUUUUUAUGGGAUGUUUAGGGAUCAAACUAAAUGUGUUCUUACAGUUUCAAUGUAUACACUAUUACUAUCAUGUCUGUGUUGUGAAACAUGGGUCAAUUCAUGGUGUUUUUAUAGUAACCCAUGAAGGAUAUUUAACCGACUCUAUUCUGUCCCUGUGUACCUUGCAUGCAUGUAAGAAAAUAGAACACCAACUACUUGAUUGAGAUUUUUAUUGCCGUUUUGUUAAACUAAAUGGUUAUUCCAAGGAAAAUGUGAUUUAUUUAUGUACUGCUGUCUGCUGUCUAAAGGUGGCGCCAACGUAGAGGGCCGCCUCACUUCUAGUUCUUAGGAAACUUUGCAGUAUUUUUUUUGUUCAUGUAUUAUUUCUUACAUUGUUAGCCAAGAAAAUGUUAUGUGUUAUUACAUAUAACUGGGAAUAACUAUUUUUUCACAAGCAUUUCGCUACACUCGCAAUAACAUCUGCUAACCACGUGUAUGUGACCAAUAACAUCUGCUAACCACGUGUAUGUGACCAA